AUGCAAGAAAUUGAUUUUACUCUACUUAAAGCAUCAAUAAACCUUAUCAAUCCAUCAUUUGAAAUUAAUUUUGAUUACAAUUAUCCUUACAUUAAUGCUAGUAGAUUAAAAGUUCUUCUUGAUUAUUUUGGAUUCAUUUAUUUGUCUAAAAAUUACAACAUUUCUAAUAACUCUUUUAGCUUCAAGAUAACUGUAGCUCUUCAAUGGCUCUUCGAGCAUAACCAGUUAUUUAAAGAAAACUGCAUACUUGAUAAAAAUGCUUUAAAUAACUUACCUAAAGGAGAAAUUCCUAAAGCCUUAACUCUAACAACCACUAUGGUAAAUAUUAAUUCUCGUAAAACUGAACACUAUACUGAAUUUCCAGUUCUCUAUCCAUAUGGUGUCAGAGAACAUAAAGGUCAAUUGUCUCAAAUUUUAUUAAGUAAAUAUACCAAUUAUCUUAUGCAUUGCUACAAUCCAAAAUUUAGACAACACAGAUCAUUCCCAUUUAUCAUAUUUAAUGUUCUGCAAUGGCGAGAAGUAUCAAGAGAAUCUUACAAUUUAAUGAAAAACAAUAAUUUUGAUCAGUUAGCUAAAUUGAUAUCAACACUCAAACCAGAACAUAUUAACUUUACUAUUAAGCAAGAACAAAAAAAACAACCUAUCAACAACUCAGAAAUUCUCAAAUUACUUAGAAAGGUUAACUCUGCUAGUUCUAACUCUAUUGUAAUGAUGUAUGCUAAAAAUGAAAUUGAUCCUGAAAAGCUUGCUCUUAAAAAUUUUCCAAAAGCCUUGAAAAAAGCUCAACUUACACAUCUUGACUUAGUAGCUGUUGCUAAAUACUUUAAUACUAUUAUUUAA